AUGCCUACAAUAAAUAUAAAGAAAAAAUGUCCAAAAGGAGAAAACGGUGGUCACGAAGCUGGAGAAAGUAGAUGUUCUAAUGGUUUUGAUGCAUCGUUGAGAACUGUAUAUGGCACGCCUAAGGAUCAAAAAUAUAGAGUAUGUAGACAUAAGAGUAGUGGAAUACCAAGUAUCACUAAUCUAAAGUAUGACAAAGAUGAACUUACUUAUGAGGGUGGGCCUUACCUUGUAAAAAAACACAAUCUAAUAACUGAGGUAUGUACCUACUACAGUGCUAAAUAUGAUCCUAGUAAUGAUAUCAUAAAUGUCCCUCUCAUUCUUGGGGUCAAGGAAAAUACUGGAGGAGAUUAUACUUGGUAUGAAAACACUGGUAAUAAUAUAACAUGGAGGAAGAUCAAUCACCAGGGGAAGUUUCCUGAAAUAUACAAUCAGUCUACUAAAGACUUUACCGAGAAGCUCAUUAAACUCACUUGUAAACUCCAUAAUUUUCAUUCUGUCAACGUUUAUGAGAGCAAUGUUGGGAAGGAAUACUGUUGUCCUGUCUGUGGAGGAUGCAAGGUCAUGGUUUCUGACGGAGAGACUAGUGUUCUUGGGUAUACCAAGUACAGACAUAAAUACAGUAUUGAUACAAAGUUGGUUAGAUAUAACAAUACUCUUCUUAAAUACAGAGACCCUAAAGAUGAAGAUGACCAUGAAACGGAUCCAAACGAAUACCAGCCCAUCCAACUUUUAGCCGAACAAAUUCCUAAUCUUACAGUGUAUUACUGGAAUGAAGACAAGAAGCAUACAAAGCCUCUUGUGAUGGAAGUUGAUGUCUUUGGUAAUGCACCAGUUUCCCUAGGUAAUGAUGGAAAACCAGACAACAGUCAGUGGACUAUGAUUGCUGAUGAUGAUGGUUUACCAAAAAUCCUUCCUCCAGGUGAAUCUGUAUCUCCAGACACUCUCCACAAACAAAGGUGUAAACUUUUCCGUCCAGUAAUCAUAGAUGUUACUAGUAAAGGACAGUAUAAAAAUCCGCACUCUGAAGAGGAAGAAUGUAAGAUGAAAGAAUGUUCUAAGGAGGUCAAAGUUACUAACUACAGCAAAGUUAUACCUGAGUUAAAAAAUUAUACUGCUCUUAAACACACAUACGGUGACAGAGAAAAUAAUAAAUUCACUAUAACAAGCUUCAAAAAUGGACCUUCAGAAGAUGACAGUCCGACAGGAUUCUUUCCAAUAUGGAAUGUUACGGAGGUGGUAGUCUUAUUGCCCAAGUGUGAUGGAGAUAUCAACACACCUCUCGUAGUCCAUGUUAAGAGCGAGGGUGGAGGUGCUAGAACAUGGUCCAAGAACUCUUGUAAGCGUGCUAGUGAAUGGAAAGAGGAGACAGAACUAGAGAACAAUCUCUCAAAUCAAGUUACUGAUAUUCUUAAAACUAUUCUGGAGAGUGAUAAACAACAAAAAUCACGAGCGGUAGCACGUGCUGAAGAAGGUACUGAAGAAACCAGAGAACCAUGGCUUCCUAGAAACUCCGAGGAAGAAAAAUCUAGUGGUGAAGAACCUCCUAAACUCUUAUAUCUAAAAGGUGAUGAUCCUGAAGGACCAGUCUCUACUCUUCAACCUCCUCAUCGAGGUCCUCCUGGUUCUCAUUCUCUUGUUACUGAUCUUCAACGUGGAGGUCAUGGACCUGCUGAAGUUCAAGAACUUAAAUCUAUUCCUCCUGUUGGUGAAAAGAGUAAUAGAAGUAGUGAAUCUGAAAUUAAAGAAGAUUCCGUUGAAAAACCCGAUAAAGAACGAAAUACUGAUAGACCUGUAGCUUACCAAGUUCCUGAUACAGAGUCUGAGACAAAGAUUCUUCUACAAGGCAAUGGACUUCUAGGUAGUGUUUACUAUGUUGCUGAAUCUGGACUUCCUGAACUUAUAGGAGAAGCUGGCCCACCCUCCUAUAUAGUACUAUCUACUGGAGGACCUAGUGAUUCUACUCCUAUUACUGGACCUAAACCUCCUGCUACUGAAAGAAAAAGCUCUGAUAAAGCUGCUCCCUCGGCUCCUCCCUCACCUUCUGCUCUUCAUUCUAUUCUUACUACUCAGACUGCUGCCCAUCCUGGAACUACUAAAGCACAAACGGAUGGCAAUGAUCAAUAUUCUGCAGAUUCUCAACAACAGAAGCCCACUGUUGUCCUAUCUGAACAAAAUUCUAAUACAAAUCAACAUGAAGGUGCUUCUGGAGCUAGUGCUGGAGGACUAAGCUUUACUUCUGGUAGUCUGCCUUAUAGUUCAUCUGAUGGAUAUCUUAAAGGUACUAAAGGUAUUCUUGUUCCUCGAUCCUUGGAUGGUCAAGCUGGUGAUACUUUUCCCGGUGAAAGAGGAGAAGCUGGUCCACCUGGCGGAGUUGAUGCUAAAGAAGCUGGUGACGGUGAAAUACCCCCUGAUGUAAAGUUCUCUCUUCCAAAAGCUCAAGACCUUACUCAUAAAGCCGAAGCUCAUAAUAAUGUCUCUCAUCCUACUUCUGGUCCUCUAGAUCCUCCUCAAGAGCCUCAUAAUACUGGCUCUGACUCUCCUACUAAUAUUAUAGUUUCUGUAACUACAGGCAUUCUUACAACAUUUGCCUCGGCUUGCUUUGGAGGAUGGAAACUGUAUAAUCGUUCUAAAGGAGACCCCUGGGUUAGACAGAUUUGA